GCGGCGAUGGCGGAGCAGGGCCUGGGCAUGGCCUCCAUGAUCCCCGCGCUGCGGGAGCUCGCCGGUGCUAGCCCAGAAGAAUACAACGCCGUUGUGCAGAAACCAAGACAAAUCCUCUGCCAGUUCAUUGACAGAAUUCUUACAGAUGUGGAUGUUGUUGCUUUGGAGCUAAUUAAGAAAUCCGAUUCACAGCCAAGUUCUGUGAUGUUACUUGAUUUUAUUCAAUAUAUCAUGAAAUCUUCCCCCCUUAUGUUUGUAAAUGUGGAUGGGAAUCAGGAGGAAACAGAAUGCAGCUGCAUUGAGUUCAGUAACUGGAUCAUCACGAGGCUCCUCCGAAUCGCUGCAGCUCCAAACUGCAGCACCCUGCACAGGAACAUCCGUGAGGUCAUUUGCUCUUUGCUGUUCCUGUUCAAAAUGAAGAGCUGCUCCGUGUUUGAAGUACUGACUAAAGACUUGCUGCAGCUUUUCCAAGACUUGAUCAUCUUGCACGAAAGAGAUGCACAGAAACACCUCAGGGGAAAUGGACUGACCUGGCCAGUGACUGUGAAGAGAUUUUCAAGCAGUAUAAGUGACACGGUGGGAUAUUUAAGACUGGCACCACUGCAGCUGAUGGGCAUGCCCAACGUGGAGUGUUUGGAGGUUAUAUUAAUGUCUGUUCUGACAGAUAUUGUUGCAGAUGUGUUUUUUGUCAGACAGGAUACUGUUCUCUGGGGGAUAGGCUGCUCCCUGUUGGAGUGUGGCAGCCCAAAAGUUAAAACGUUGGCAAUGAAGUUUCUGGUGAAAUUAAUUCAUCUGGGAGGACCUCCGGAACAACUGGCCAGUGUUUUCUUUGCAGUCUUUUUUGAAAUCCUGCAGUCAACCCUUGAAAUGGAUACUGAGGAAUCAGAACUCUUUGGAGAGCCACUCUUACUGUUAGUGAGGACACUGUUGCCUUUCGAAGCAGAUUUUUACAGGAAGAUUGAGCCUGUCUACUUGAACAUGCUGCUGGAGAAGCUCUGUGCACUGUUUGAAGGGGAUGUGUUCAGGUGUCUUCGGUCUGAAAAGCUUAAAACUGCUUUUUGCCAUAUCCUGCAGUACUUUCUGGAAUUUGUUCCAGCUGGCUACGAAUCUGCCUUACAAGUAAGAAAAGCCCAUAUCAGUACCAUAUGUGGGAUUUUUGUGAACGGGCUUGGAACUCAGGAGGAGCAAGAGUACCUGGUGAGCCCACUUUAUACAGUGUUAAAAACACAAACAGAAGAAAUCUUCGAGGAGCUUCAAGAGAACCAGCACGAGGCUUCUGACACCGAUGGCUGGAGCAGCAGCAGCGAGGAAGUUCCAGAGAAAAGGCGACGGCUCAGCCUCCCCUCAAAGCAUCCAAAGAAAUCACCUCCCCCUUCAACCCGUAGCCCCGUGAACAUGAGGCAGAAGAGCUCUCUCUGGAAUGCUGUCACUAGGAAAGCUGCAUCCUUACUGUCCCUCCUCGAGAAGGAAGCUGUGCCAGGGGAUGUUGUGCAGCCCGUGGAGGGCAUUGCCGUGGUUGUGCGAGUGGCUGCUCUGGGCAUGGUUCACUGUUCUCCCCCAGCAUCUUCUGCCAGUGUAGAUCAUAAAGUGUUUCAUCCAUGGAACUCUGGCGCAUGUAAGAGUUCUCCAAGCUCCUCAGAUUCCGUGGUGAAUACACAGUUCAAGUGGCUUUCCUCUGAUUUUAUCACAAGAGUAGUGAAAGUCUGCAGAAAGCUGUUAGAGGCUGCUACACAGCUUGUUAAUCUAGAACAAGUGAUUGACAGAAUAGUGAAAAUCUUUGAUGCCCUGCUGUAUGCACAAGGGAAAACUCCACUGAGUGAUCAGACUCUGGAUAACUUAUGUGCAUUGCUGUCUCUGCCCUGGAUUUGCAGCCAUCCUGAUGAUUCUUGUUUUAAGCCAUCUCUUUUGGGGUUUGAUCCUCUAGUUUUGAGUCAAAAAACUGCCCAGAGUUUCUCACCCCGAACUCAGUCACACUGCGUGCUCCUUCUGUCUCUCUUCCCAAGAAACAUCCAUCUGGACUGGAGAAAAUCCAUUUACCACUGGGCACUCCAAAGUCCCCAUGAAGUAAUUCGGGCUACCUGUGUUAGAGGAUUCUCCCUUCUGCUCCAUCCCCCCGGUGUGCAGUCCUGCAGCACGAUUCCCAAAGCACUCCUAAAUCAAAUCCAAGAUGAGUCUGAGCUGGUCAAGGAGGCUUGUGCUGCUAUAGUUGGGAACUUAUCUUGCUGCCUCUCUGGGACAUUCUGUGUCCAGCCCUCCUUGGCAGACUCUGCCAUCAAACAUCUUACUGAUGAUAUUCUGUGCAGCAGCCUCACAGGGACUGCUGCUCAUGGCAGAACUUGUUCAGUGCCAGCCUGUGUUUUCAAGCCAUUUCUUGUUCUCCUGGAGAGUGAAGCAGCCAGUUCAGUCAAGCUGGCAUUUAUAGAAAAUAUACCUCAUCUUUGCAAACAUCUGGAUUUUAACACUGAUGAGUCCAGUGUAAAGAUUUUUCUUGGGUCUUUAUUAAAUCUGAUGGAAGAUCCAGACAAAGAUGUAAGAGUGGCUUUCAGUGACUGCAUAAAGAACAUACUGGAAUCCUUGGACUCUGAGGAAGGAUUCAUAAAAGAGCUGUUUGUUUCAAGGAUGAAAGAAGCCUAUACAAAUGCCAAAUUAUCAAGAAAUAAUGAGCUUAAAGAUACCUUGAUCCUCACGACAGGAGAUAUUGGAAGGGCAUCCAAGGGAGAUUUGGUCCCGUUUGCGCUCCUGCAUUUGCUGCACUGUUUGCUGUCCAAGUCGGCGGCCGUGGCCGGGGCGGCGUUCGCAGAGAUCCGCGCGCUGGCAGCGGCCAGGGCCGUCCGGCUGCAGGCCUUCUUCAGCCAGUACAAGAAACCCAUCUGCCAGUUUCUGGUGGAGUCCCUGCACUCCAGCCAGAUGGUGGUGUUGAGUUCUCCAGGGCAGGGCAAUGAGCUGCAGAAACAAACAGCUGAUCACCAGAGAGAGAUGGCUCUGGACAUGUUAACUGAGAUUGCCACUGUCUUUGAUUUUCCAGACCUAAAUCGCUUUCUGUCGCGGACCCUGCAGGUUCUGCUUCCUGACCUUGCAGCCAAGGCCAGUCCUGCAGCCUCCACGCUCAUCCGAACCAUCGCCAAACAGCUGAACGUCAACCGGAGAGAGAUCCUGAUCAACAACUUCAAAUACAUCUUCUCUCACUUGGUCUGCUCCUGCACCAAGGACGAGCUGGAGCGGGCGCUUCAUUACCUCAAGAAUGAGACUGAGAUAGAGCUGGGCAGCUUGCUGAGGCAGGACUACCAGGGGCUGCACAACGAGCUGCUGCUGCGCAUAGGGGAGCACUACCAGCAGGUCUUCAACGGGCUGGCCAUACUGGCCUCGUUCGCCUCCCACGACGAUCCCUACCGGGGCCCCAGGGAGAUCACAUCCCCCGAACAGAUGGCUGAUUAUCUGCAACCUAAAUUGCUUGGUAUCUUGGCUUUUUUUAACAUGCAGUUACUGAGUUCCAGUGUUGGCAUUGAAGAUAAAAAAAUGGCCUUAAACAGUCUUAGGUCUUUGAUGAAGCUCAUGGGUCCCAAGCACGUGAGCUCGGUCAGAGUGAAGAUGAUGACCACCCUGAGGACAGCUCUGAGAUACAAGGAUGACUUUCCAGAACUGUGCUGCAGAGCUUGGGAUUGUUUCGUUCGAAGCCUGGACCAUUCCUACCUGGGCUCCUUGCUCAGCCAUGUGAUAGUGGUGUUAUUGCCCCUAAUUCACAUCCAGCCCAAGGAAACCACAGCAAUAUUCCACUUCCUCAUAGUGGAGAACAGGGAUGCAGUACGAGACUUUCUACAUGAAAUAUAUUUUCUGCCUGACCUUCCUGAACUAAAAGAAAUUCAGGUUGUCCUUCAGGAAUACAGAAAGGAGUCCUCCAAGAGCACGGACUUGCAGAGGGCGCUGCAGCUGUCGAUGAGAGCCAUCCAGCACGAGAACGUGGACGUUCGCAUCCACGCGCUCAGCAGCCUGAGGGAAACGCUCUACAGGAAUCAGGACAAACUGAUCAAGUGUGUGACAGACAGUGAGACUGUGGAGCCAGUCAUCUCCCAGCUGGUCACUGUGCUGCUCAUUGGCUGCCAGGACGCCAAUCCUCAGGCUCGACUGCUCUGUGGAGAGUGUUUGGGUGAGCUGGGGGCCAUAGAUCCUGGCAGGCUCGACUUUUCAACCAGUGAAACUCAGGGAAAACAUUUCACAUUUGUGGCUGGUGUGGAAGAUCCAAAUUUUGCCUAUGGAUUAUUAAUGGAACUGACCAGAGCAUUCCUUGCCUAUGCUGAUAAUGUUCGUGCUCAGGAUUCUGCAGCAUAUGCAAUUCAGGAGCUGCUGUCGAUCUAUGAGUGCAGGGAGACCAACACUGACUGCGCUGGCUCCAGGCUCUGGAGGAGCUUUCCUGAGCACGUGCAGGAGAUCCUGGAACCUCACCUGAACACACGGUACAAGAGUUACCAAAAGGCUGUAAAUUGGUCUAAGAUGAAGAAGCCAAUUUACUUAAGCAAAUUGGGUCAUAAUUUUGCAGAAUGGUCAGCAACUUGGGCAGGUUAUCUUAUAACAAAGGUGCGACAUGAUCUCGCCAGGAAAGUUUUCGAUUGCUGCAGUAUAAUGAUGAAAAAUGACUAUAAGGUGACAAUUUAUCUGCUUCCACACAUCCUUGUCUAUGUUUUGUUGGGAUGCAGUCAAGAGGAUCAGCAAGAGGUUUACAUGGAGAUCAUGGCAGUUCUGAAGGAUGAUGACCAGCCCAGCAGGAGGCUGGAGGACAGUGCCUCUGACCUCAGCCAGCUGAGCACUCAGACAGUGUUCUCCAUGCUCGAUCAUCUCACCCAGUGGGCAAGGCACAAGUUCCAAAUACUCAUUGCUGAGAAAAACACUGCCAAGUGCAGCAAGGACAGGAGUGACCUAAAGACAUCCAGUGAGGACUAUGGAGAGUAUCAGAAUGUGACCCGUUUCCUGGACCUCAUCCCUCAGGACACGCUGGCUGUGGCCUCCUUUCGCUCCAAGGCUUACACGAGGGCUGUGAUGCACUUUGAGUCGUUCAUCACGGAGAAGAAACAGAACAUCCAGGAGCACCUGGGGUUCCUUCAGAAGUUGUACGCUGCCAUGCACGAGCCUGAUGGAGUGGCCGGGGUCAGUGCCAUCCGCAAGGCAGAGCCCUCUCUCAAAGAGCAGAUCCUGGAGCACGAAAGUAUUGGCUUGUUGAGAGAUGCCACAGCCUGCUAUGACAGAGCCAUCCAGCUGGAACCUGACGAGAUUAUCCACUACCACGGUGUGGUGAAGUCCAUGUUAGGCCUUGGUCAGUUAUCCACGGUGAUCACUCAGGUGAAUGGAGUGCUGGCAAACAGGUCUGAAUGGAUUUCUGAAUUGAACACUUACAGGGUGGAAGCAGCCUGGAAACUGUCCCGAUGGGAUUUACUGGAAAAUUAUUUAGCUUCAGAUGUGAAGUCCACUACUUGGAGUGUCAGACUGGGAAAUUUAUUGUUAUCAGCCAAGAAGAAAAAUGAAGCAGCUUUUUAUGAGACACUCAAGGUGGUUCGGGCAGAACAGAUCGUGCCCCUUUCAGCAGCGAGCUUUGAGAGAGGAUCCUACCAGCGAGGAUACGAACACAUCAUCAGGUUGCACAUGCUGUGUGAGCUGGAGCACAGCAUCGGGCCAGCGUUCCAGCAGCCGGACGGUGAGCUCAGCAGGGACACCCUCAACUGGACUGCUCGGAUUGAAAUGACCCAGAACUCCUACAGGGCCAAGGAACCCAUCUUAGCUCUGAGAAGGGCUCUGCUCAGCCUCAGUAAAAGCCAGGAUCACAGCGAGCUGGUUGGCCAGUGCUGGCUCCAGAGUGCCAGAGUGGCCAGGAAAGCUGGGCAUCACCAGACUGCCUACAAUGCCCUCCUGAACGCUGGGGAGUCCACACUCUCUGAACUCUACAUUGAGAGGGCAAAGUGGCUCUGGUCCAAGGGUGAGGUUCAUGAAGCGCUCAUUGUUCUCCAGAAGGGGGUUGAUUUAUGUUUCCCUGAGAAUAAAGCACCCUGUGACAGCAAAAACCAGCUCAUCCACGGGCGGGCAAUGCUGCUGGUGGGCAGGUUCAUGGAGGAGACUGCCAACUUUGAGAGCAAUGCAGUCAUGAAGAAGUAUAAGGAUGUUACAAUUUUCUUGCCAGAAUGGGAAGAUGGACAUUUUUAUCUUGCAAAGUACUACGAUAAAUUAAUGCCCAUGGUAACUGACAACAAGAUGGAAAAGCAAGGAGAUCUGAUUAGAUACAUUGUUCAUCAUUUUGGGAGGUCUCUGCAGUAUGGAAACCAAUUCAUCUACCAGUCAAUGCCAAGGAUGUUGUCUUUAUGGCUGGACUUUGGGGCAAAAGCAUAUGAAUGUGAUAAAGCCAGUCGAUCAGAACGCGUUCAAAUGAAGCACGAUCUGGCCAAGAUCAACAAGGUGAUCACAGAGCACACAAACCACCUGGCACCUUACCAGUUCCUGACAGCCUUCUCUCAGCUCAUCUCCCGCAUCUGCCACUCCCACGAUGAGGUCUUUGCAGUUCUGAUGGUGAUUGUUGCCAAAGUGUUCUUAGCCUAUCCCCAGCAAGCCAUGUGGAUGAUGACUGCUGUGUCCAAGUCCUCUUAUCCAAUGCGUGUCAAUAGAUGCAAGGAGAUUCUAAACAGAGCUAUUCACAUGAAGGAAUCUUUGGGGAAAUUCAUUGGAGAUGCCACCCGCCUCACAGACAGGCUGUUAGAACUGUGCAACAAACCGGUUGAUGGGAACAGCUCAACGUUAAGCAUGAAUAUUCAUUUCAAAGCACUGAAAAGAUUAGUAGAAGAGCCCACAUUUAGUGAAAUUCUCAUUCCCUUACAAUCUGUCAUGAUACCAACUCUUCCUUCGACUCCUGGCACGCACUCGAACCAUGACCCUUUCCCUGGGUGCUGGGCCUACAUUGCAGGCUUUGAUGACACGGUGGAAAUUCUUGCCUCGCUUCAAAAGCCAAAAAAGAUCACCUUGAAAGGUUCAGAUGGGAAAUCUUACAUUAUGAUGUGUAAGCCUAAAGAUGAUCUGAGGAAGGACUGUCGGCUCAUGGAAUUCAACUCCCUUAUUAACAAGUGCUUGAGGAAAGACGCCGAGUCCCGCCGGCGGGAGCUCCACAUCCGCACGUACGCGGUGAUCCCGCUGAACGACGAGUGCGGCAUCAUCGAGUGGGUGAACAACACUGCUGGGCUGAGGAACAUCCUCAUCAAGCUCUACAAGGAGAAAGGGAUCUACAUGACUGGGAAAGAGCUGCGGCAGCACAUGCUUCCCAAGUCAGCCCCUCUGCCUGAAAAGCUGAAAAUGUUCAAAGAAGUUCUUCUGCCUCGCCACCCUCCUCUCUUCCAUGAAUGGUUCCUCAGGACGUUUCCCGAUCCCACUUCCUGGUACAACAGCAGGUCCGCCUACUGCCGCUCGGUGGCCGUCAUGUCCAUGGUGGGAUACAUCCUGGGGCUGGGGGACCGGCACGGAGAGAACAUCCUCUUCGACUCCCUGACCGGGGAGUGCGUGCACGUGGACUUCAACUGCCUCUUCAACAAGGGAGAAACUUUUGAAGUGCCAGAAAUCGUCCCCUUCCGCCUCACUCACAACAUGGUCAAUGGAAUGGGCCCCAUGGGGACAGAAGGGCUGUUCCGAAGAGCCUGUGAAGUCACCAUGAGGCUCAUGCGGGACCAGAGGGAGCCCCUGAUGAGUGUCUUAAAGACUUUUCUCCAUGAUCCUCUCGUGGAAUGGAGUAAACCUGUUAAAGGGAACACAAGAGCCCAGGUGAACGAAACUGGAGAAGUUGUCAAUGAAAAGGCUAAAACUCAUGUCCUUGAUAUAGAACAGCGGUUGCAAGGAGUCAUUAAGACUAGAAACAGAAUAAAGGGAUUACCUUUAUCUAUUGAAGGACACGUCCAUUACCUCAUUCAAGAAGCAAGUGAUGACAACCUGCUGUGCCAGAUGUACAUGGGCUGGGCUCCAUAUAUGUGAGGUUUGUUCCCUUUGGAACAACACCAUUCACGAGGGAUGAGCUGUAAUAUUGUUGGGAAGGUCUGAUCAGUGAGACCUGGCUGCUUCUGCUGAUUUCUGUGAGCAGCAGAACAGUCUUGUGGUUGUCUGAAAUCUGUGUCAAAUGUACAGUGCUCUUGCCAGGAUGACACGAACGCACUGACAGAUGUGUAAAGUGUUAGGACUUAUGUUUUAUAGACUGUAGAAGGCAGCACAAAAGAAGGGCUUAAAAACUAGACUGUGCAAACCUCCUGCAAGUGUCUUAUUCUGUCUAUAUAAAAGGUUUUCGCGAUGUUGAAGGAUGCACUCUAUAAAGUACUGUAUAUUUUUGUAAAGAUUUUUUUUUCUCAUUCAGCUUACUUGUAGAUUAGAAAAUAUGACAUUAAAGUUUAAUACUGAUAUGAUGUAAA